CACAGCCUCCAGGUCCUCUACACCUAUUUAUAUCGACACACCCAGCAGUUAUUGAUCAUAAUUCACAACUCUAUUAUUUGUGUUGAAUAUUUUACAAAUCAGCAAAUAUGGUGAAGGUAAUGGCCAUGACGCAGGUAGAUCGGGACGGUCUGCGGGAUGCCUACAGUGAAGUGCGUGACGACAAGUCUGAGUGUAACUGGGCAGUGUUCAAGUAUGAUGGGAGCCAAGUCAUAGUGUCUGCAAAGGGCGAGACAUUUGAAGACUUUAGGGCACAGUUUGGUGAUGAGAGAGCUUUUGCAUACAUUCGCCUGCAGACAGGAGACGAGAUGAGCAAGCGGUCAAAGUUCCUAUUGGUGACCUGGGUAGGGACAGAGGUGUCUCCAAUAAAGAAAGCAAAGAUGUCUACAGACAAGGCUCUUGUAAAAGAAGUUUUGUCAAACUUUGCAGUGGAGUUGACAUUGGAGAGUGCUAAUGAACUGAAUCAUGAAGCCUUCCUCCAGGAACUAGUGAAGGCAGGCGGUGCAAAUUAUGGCACUGGUAUUCGUGAAUAGAAGUCAUAAUUAUAUUUUGUAAGAUAAGAAUUAACUGGAAAGUUUUUCUUGCAUUUGGCACAACUUGGAGGCUAAAGGUUAAAUAAUUUUAUUGCUCCUAGUCUUUUUAAUCUUCUGAUAAAGCAUUUCAUAGCCUUUUAUAAGAGAUGUCUAAGAUACUAAGUGUACCAAAUCACGUAACUUUCAUACACGUACAGAAAACCCAGAUAACUUAG